CACAUGUUUCUUUCAUUGUCAUGCCAUAGGGGGAGCCCCGCCCAAGCACUUCAGUUUCAUCACUUUGGACGCAUUCCCACAUCUUAUAUAAUACUCGGAACCCUUGUGUCAUGGAAGGUGAAUCUGAAAAUACAACAGUCAACAGUUUGGAAUUGUCUAGAGAUGGAGGGAAAAUGUUCAUUUGAAUGCUGUCUCGACCCGACCAUGGGAUGACACGAUAUCUUUGGACUCGAGUGUGCCCUGACCGUUCUGAGGCUUUUGAGCUUCGUGCCUCAGAGGAUCCGGUGGUUCUUCCCUGAGUCCCUGUGUUCAAAGUUGGCGAUUCCAGGACAAAACAGCCCGUAGAGGAACGUUCGAUAAAGAAGUGCCCCAUUGCCACAACGGGGCGAACGUCAAUUAUCGAGGAAGAGAGAGAGAGAGAGAGAAAAGCCUAACUGCAAAUGAUUCUCUGAAUCAUAUAUUGCUGUUCUGCCAGCCUGGAUGCCAGUGAUUUUUGGCCGGUCGGUCUGUUGGUUUCAUUGAAGGAAGACGAAUGAGCGAUCGAUGUGUUGCAAAUUGAAGGAUCCGGGAGCUUCAAGAGCAUUAGAAGUCAGCCUUCCCUCCCUUCCGACCUUCCACUUUUGCCUCUGCACACAACGAUCCAUGCAUUAGGGAGUACGGUAUGUUCUGUAUUCUUGCCGCGUAGUUCACAUCGCCAGGCUACUCACCGGUCUGUAGGUGCUCUUCUUGCAUGCCGAUUCGGGCCCGGUUGCUUAAAUCCUUCUUAUGUUGUCCAUACUCGCCUUUGGUCUAAUUUAAGACUCUUCGGAGGGAGUUCCAGAUAUGGGCAUUGGUGAUGGGUAAACCUGGCUCCUAUGGCUCUCUCUCGUAUAUUCUCGACGGCUUCGGUAGAUGACUAAAUCUGCAGUAAGACUCACGCAAGGUCAUUGAUGUGGGCAUCAAGGGUCUGUGGCUCGGAAGUUUUGACGGUGUCGCUAGCCCAGUAUUACCCAGCGAAAAGGCUGGAUUGAUCGCCUGUGAGCCAUAUUAGCAAUUCGAUUUUGUACAUCAAAAAAGGUUCCAUAUGGAGGUCGCUGAGACAAUUACCAAGAAACCGGGCGUUGCAGAAAUUUGGCAGUCCCUCAAACAACAAUUCGCUUCUACAAGAAAGCACAUGUCCAAGUCAGGAAGAAAUUGGAAUGCUUUCUCCAAACGAAUAGAACCUUCAAGUCACCAAACCCAAACCCUCUCCAACGCACCGAGUGCCGCGUGUGAUGACCACCCCUUCAUUCUGGGAGUCCCUGCCAGGCACCACGUAUCGGAAGUUGACGACCUCAAAAAUGACUUACGGUCCACAGCUAAAGCAAUUCUUCGAAAUCUUCAAGAUGAAAAAGAGGCCAGAACGAUUCUUGCGAAUAUGGAAGAAGAGAAGACAUCUCAGGUCUCAGAAGACACUCACGAGGAAAUCGUUAGCGGCAAACCUGUCGAGGAAGCCCCGAACGGUUAUCUGGUCAACGUGGACGAGGACAACGACUGCGAGGCAGCACUACAUCGGACUGCGAAGGAGAGCAACCUUAAACCGGAGGAAAGUGUUCGGAAACUAAGAAACAGUUCGAACUUGCACGAGCAGGGUAGCAGUGAGGAGAGUCCAAUGACCCCUGCGCAGAGUAAUAUUGAUCACGUUGUCAAAGUGAAUUCCACAUUCAGCCAUCUGAAAUCUACUCUCUCCAAAUCGACCGACAUGGGCGCUCUCAAGCACCUGGACAAUGUAGCAGAGAAUCGUCACGUUGGAGAAUCGGGCAAUCAGAAAGUUUUCGAAAAUCUCAACAGUUUGAUGCCCCAAGAUUCUGAAUGGACGAAAUCCGGCUUCCAAGAUAACCUCGGGGAGAAAAAGAAUGAAGGAAUAUCUCUUCACAUCAAUGGCUAUCACUGUGAUUGUCAAAGCAGUUUAAAACCUGCGGCGGACGUGAACUCCACUUUGGACCAGACUGGACCCUUAGUUCACCACGCUCUUGCAGAAUGCAAUUCAAUUGAGGUCUCCACUCUCCAAUUGAACCCUUAUAACACUCAUGACGAAGGCCCAACGUCUGCUACUGAUGAAGAGCUAAUGAAGAUAAUCAACAAGGAUGUAAACUGUUUGCAUGAUCCCGCCAUCGACGUCAGGUACGAGGCCCUGCACAGCUUGCAUCGUGCGUUAUUGGGAGACUUCGUGGGAGAGGUUAAUUUUCUCUCGGAAAGAACGACUGGCCAGGAGCAUGAAGUUGAGAACCACAUGAUAAAUACAGGACUAUUCGAGAGUGCCGACAAAUUUGCCUGGUGUGUGGAGGAGAUUGUUGUCAAGCCUUUACUUAAAGUUUUUGGCGACUCGUCUGAGAGAUGUCGCUAUCUCGCAGUCUCAAUGCUCAUAGCGCUCUUGCAGUCCAUCCCUGAAUCUGUUUUUCCUCUGCUCCCAUACAUUGUUCCGGUUAUAUCAUCUCGCUUGCCAAUCAAGUCCCUUCCAACUGAAGAUCCCGCAUCGAAGGUAGAAGUAAUCCUUGUUGAAAAAUCUGAAGAUCUUCGACUGCUCCUAGUGACUCUUCUCCAUGAGCUGCUGAAGCGAUCCAAAGCUAUGAUUCACCCAUUUGCUUCUGAUGUUGCAACAAUAUUGACCGCAGCCGCGUGUGAUUCCAAUCCAGAUGUUCUUAUGAAAACUUUUGCGGCUAUGGCACUUUUUGGUGAGAUAUGUAGCAUGAAGCUGAAACCAGUGGCAAAGCAGCUGAUAUCAGUAACUUUACGCUCGCUAGCUCACAACCGUCAUAGGGUGCGAGUGGCUGCCCUGCGUGCAAUUCAUAGGCUCGUCCUUUGUGGGGCUCACGAGAGCAUCUAUGAUCUAACAGCGUUUCGGGAUCCAAAUUCUGUGCCUAUAAAAGCAUUUUAUCGUCCAGAUCCCAAGACUCAGUAUUUGGCUCUGUUAGCCGGCGACAGGAGUAUUCAAGUCAGGGAACAACUACUGAAGACGGUGGGAAGCUGGCUACGAGAACUAGAUGAAAGGAAGGAGCACGAAUGUCGCCUUGUUCCGUACUUGUUGAGUGGUUUCACGGAUGAAAGUCCAGCUGUUCAAGACCUUGCCUUUCAACUCAUGGAGGAAGUCGGUCAGCAAUACGAGGAGGAGAAUGAGAAUGAAGUCAAAGACAUACAGAUUUACCUGCCCGACGACAUUGAUGAUCUUCCAGCAGUGGCGGGAAAAUCUCUACCAAAAGCCUUCAAAUCCAGGCCGUGUCUGGGUGCUAGAAUACUGGUAAGGAACUGUUGUUCGGUCAUGCUCCAUGCUCUUGGCGGCGACCUCAGUGCAUGGACGUCAGGCACAAAGUCUCUGGCUGCGGACUUUUUACACACCAUGCUUCUGUUUGUUGAAGAGCAUAUCACUAUGCAUCUCCAACAAGUCGUCGUUCUGCUCAUGAAGGCACUGAAAGAACCACUCAUUGAAAAGAAGGUUUCGGACUGUGCAAACAUUCUUGGACACUUUGUGGACCCAACGGCCUACUUGUUAAUUAUCUUACCUAGAAUUACUGGAGAGCUCUGGAGUGAUGCCUCUGUUCAGCAGCUUGGACAGGCUGUGAAACUCCUGGCAUGUAUCAUGCAAGGGAGCCCUGCCAGUUCUCUGAGGAGCCACAUUCCGAAGAUCUGCUCUGUACUUAGCGAGUCAGAUAUCAUGAAGAGUAUCCAGUUGGAUGUGAAUCAAAGCAUUGUAGCCGUAACGAAAGAGAUGGUGAGAGCUUGGAGUGAGCAGGUUAAAGAAGAAACCAUCUCGAUCAUCUGGAUCCUCCUAAACGCUGCAGCUGCAGCUGACUUUUGCGGAAGGCCAGCCCUGGAAGCUGAAGUGAUUCUCGGGACGCUUUCGAUCGCCUGUGGACACUUGUCUCGAGAAGCCCUCACUGGAGCCUACGGCGAGAUGAUACUCGAUCUAUUGCCGCACCCGCAAUUUUGGGCGAUGAGAUCUUUAGACAUACUCGUUUUCUGUAGAGUGGUCGAAGUUGCCCCACUCGUCCCUCCGACCGUUCUCGAAAGAGUAUUCCGUUUGAUCGCCUGGUUUGGAAGAGGCUCCUGGGAACCGGAAGCAAAGCUCAGGUUGAUCGGUGCCGUUCACAAAAUGAUCAGACUCUUCACUGCUCCUACCUCCGGGGAGGCAUAUCAACCCGGCUCAGCGGCAGCCUCUGAGAUCGAGAAGGGCAUAGUUCACACCUUGGAGUACUUCUUUGUGCCUUGCCUUGAGCAGCUGCGUGAAGGUGUAACGACCUUGAAGGCUCCCGCGUUAGAGACCAUUUACGAGAUCGUCUCCAGGACUUCCACCAACAUUCCGUCUUCCCUCAGCUGGAUGUUGUAUAAACUGGACGAAGUUGAUGAAGAUAAAGAGGAGCCGGACCCAGAUGAAGAACUCUCUUCUCUUCCGUUCCCGUCCCGAGAAACUCUGCUCGAAGUACUCAAACGUCUGCGAAAAUCCACCGGCUCAUAGAACGAAGUUGACAACGUUGUCAUUCAUGUGCGAAAAAAGUGCCCACAUGCAAGGAGCAGGUAUGUCACUAGUUUAUUUACAAUGAGAUGAUUAACAUGAUCCGGAAAAGCCUUGCGCAAGGAAGCUACGUCGCCUAUGCCUCCUUGAUUCGCCCAAGGAACGGAGUACCCAGACUUGACAAAUAGACGUAGGAUCCAGACCUGAGACCACCGGUGACCUCGUUGAUUAAUUUGCCGGUGGGAUCCUCGUACUUCUUCAAAACCUGGCCCUGCUCAUCCACAACACAGAGCCGUCCCACGGUCUUGCCUGCAGCUAAUAUAUCUAUAAAAGUCAUCUGCGCUAUGAUGCUCCUCAGCUGAACGCCAAAUGAGCUAUUGAAAAUCCAGUCCGUUAACGGGAGGCGCCUCUGCAGUAACCAACGAAAGCAUUCCCAACGUUGGCAACUUGCAGUCGCAUAAUUGUCAAGCUUACACAAUGCAAAGGUCUUUCCUCUCCGGAUCCAGGCAACUGAUUUCGAAAACAAUCAUGCUAGAUAGUCAUGUCUACAAGCUGUUAAUAUCUAAUUACUUCUAGAAUAUCUGCAAUUUGGCAUCCUAGAAAAGAUAGUCACUUAGAGUUACUGUACGUUAGGAGAGCCACAAGUAUACUACUGCCAUAUGAGGGUACCGGAAUUUAGAAAUAAAACACAC